AUGAUUAAGUUAAGUCAGGUCAUUAAAGUGGACUCUGCCCCAGUGGCUGGUGUCCUUAUCAGAAAAGGAAAUCAGAAGGCGCUGGAACUCGGCCAGCCUGAGGCGGUGGUCUCCGGGGAACUGAGGGGCAACAGACACCCGCAGAGAUUUGAGGGGGUGGGGAGACUCUUCGGCGGGGUGGCUCACCAGGAAGCCAACCAGGCUCUCCCACCUGUCACCCUGGCCCUUAUCUGCUUGGACGGCGUAUUCCUUUCUGCAGCUGAGAAUGACUUUGUGCGCCGGAUCCAGGAGGAGCUGGACCGCUUCCUGCUGCAGAAGCAGCUGUCAAAGGUACUACUUUUCCCCCCACUCUCCAGUCGUCUCCGGUACCUGAUCCAUAGGACAGCAGAGAAUUUUGAUCUUUUGAGCAGCUUCUCUGUUGGGGAGGGCUGGAGAAGGAGGACCGUCAUCUGUCACCUAGACAUCAGGUUACCCAGUUCAGACGGCCCCUGCCGCCCUCCUGCCUCCCAACCUGGCAAGUACCGAGGUCCUCGGCCUGCCUCAAACCAGGGAGUAGCUGCUGGGGCCCGAGGGGCACGGACCGGCCGGUGGCAGCGUGGACGUAAGCCGGACCGGGCUUUGUAUGUGCCCCGGGUGCUACGCAGGCAAGGAGAAUGGGCCUUGGCGCCUACUCCAGGGCACCAAGGAGACGCUCCAGCUGGUGGGUUCGUGGAAGAGCCUGGAGAUGUUGGUGCUAGCGAACCCAGUUCUGAUCAGGAACACCCUGAGUUGAUGACUCAGGCAACAGAGGACCUAAAGGACCCAGGCCAAAGUUGCGAGAAUGAUUCGCUGCCGGACCCUGUUGGCACUGAGCCCCCGAGGCCUGAGGACCACUCAGGGAUGGGAGACAGGUUGGAGACAGUCACACAGUUUGAGUCCGGUCUGCAGCUCAACGUGGAAGAGGGGACAGGAAGUGAGUUGGAGAAGAGCCUGGCAGCAGAGGAGGAGGAGGAGGAGGAGGGGCCAGGAAGCUGCUCCGAGGAUGAUUGCAGUGAAUUGAUGCAGGAGAUAACGGACAACCUGACCAAGAAGGAGAUUCAGGUGGAGAAGAUCCAUGUGGACACGUCCUCCUUUGUAGAGGAGCUGCCUGGAGAGAGAGAUUUUGCCCACGUGGUGGAGAUCUAUGACUUUGAACCUGUGCUCAAGACUGAGGACCUGCUGGCAGCAUUCUCAGAGUACCAAGAGAAGGGGUUCAAGAUUCACUGGGUGGAUGACACGCAUGCACUUGGCGUCUUUCCCUGCCUGGACUCAGCUGCUGAAGCACUGGCCAGGGAGUUCUCAGUGCUCAAGAUUCGGCCCCUCACACAGGGAACCAGGCAGUCGAAGCUGAAAGCCCUUCAGAGGCCAAAGCUCCUGCGUCUGGCAAAGGAGAGGCCACAGACAAAUACAGUGGUGGCCCGCAGGCUGGUGGCCCGGGCCCUGGGACUACAACGCAAAAAGAAAGAACGGCCUGCAGUCGAGUGUCUUCCUGCCCAAGUCCCUGAGAGCCCAGCCAGCCCGGAUCCGAGCCCUCAGGCCUGAGCUGGUGCCACACCACAAGCCUUUACAGACACCAGAACAGCCCUGUGCUAUCCACGGGGGUUCACUGAGAGGUGUGGUAGGCUUUUAGUUUGGUCUAGUUCCAGAAGUUGAGAAAAAAAUAAAAAUUUUUUAAAAAUGU